UGCUCCGAGUCCACGAGUGCUCCAACGACGAUCUCUCGAAAGUCGCGCGAUCCGCCGCUAUUAUCAUUUCACGAAACAUCACGAUCGCUGUGACGCGGCGGCGGCGGUGGUGGUCGGGAAGGGACGUAGCGUGCGUACAUAAUACAACAUACGUUUGACGAACGUUCUAAUGUUGGUACUAUCUAUCGCCACGCGCGAGAGACUACGAGGCGACGAUCAUCACCGUUCGCUUAUUGAUUUCCACGCCUCGUAGUAGAUAUAUAUCCUCGCGUGAAUAUCGCGGGAUACAUUGCACACCAUGUGCCGAUGUGCUUGAGCAGGUAUCGUUGACCGAGAGACUCGUUUUGACGCCGUGGUGGAUUGCGAGAAGGCUUCUCCGCGGAAAAUUUUUUGCGCGACGAAGGGGGGAAUUCUGGAAUCGUUGAGAACUCCGAACUCCAGAAUGGAAUUGAGAAAAGAGAGAGAAAAGAACGAAAAAACAAAAGAAUGAUUCGUUGGGGGAGCCUUGAGUAAAAACAUGUGAACAAACUGGAUGUUUCGAACAAUUACAAGGGAUGGCUGACACGGAUCCACAAUUUAAACGCCUUUUACUGCCAGCGGAAGAAACUCUGUUUGAACAGUUGUUGAGAUUUGGCCUUUAUGUAGGUGCGGUGUUCCAAAUUAUGUGUUUAUUAGCUAUAGUUGUGUAUCAGGCUGGUCCAUCCGAUGGUGUGGCAGCUUUAAAGGAUGAUCCGAGUGAUGUAGAAUGUUCUGAAAACAGUCCUCAGGUGACACCAAGAAGACCACAUCGACCACGAAAACAGGAGAAAAAGAAGAGGCGUUAAGUUAUUCUCUGUGAUUGGUCUGAUAUAUAAAUACCAAUUAACAAUUGCAUUAAAUCGAAUAUGAUUUCCAAUUGAACAAUAUAAGCGUAAUAAAAUAUAUAUUGUAUGUAAUUUAUUGAAUAGAAAAUUAUAUUUAAAUCAAAACUUGAUAUUUGCAAUGUAAAAGAAAAUUAUAAUUUUGAUAUAAUAUUAUUGUUAGUUGGUGUUUCUACUGAAAAUACCACUCUCUUACUUUACGACCAUCUAAAGGCUGGACUUUUAGAAUAAUUCGUCAGUUUGUUUUUAAGUUAUUUACUAAAUGAACAUAUUACGAUGUAAUAUCAAUCUCUCUAAAAUAUAAUUUAAUCCUACUUUUUUAAGCAUGGAACUGUUAUCUCUGUUUUAAUCUUUUGUACAAUUAUAAAAGCAUUUUUUUAAAUAAAUAACUAUACAAAUACUU